AUGGAUUCAGGUAAAUUGCCUAUUAUAAUUCUUCCAUCUUCGGGUCCAUCCGUUUCACUUAUUAACAAAAAUGUCAAUGAUAGAAAGUUAAAAAAAGGAAAUAGAAGGGGCUAUAGAAAAAAUAGUUUUGAAAGAUUCAACUUGGCUUCUGCAUUUUAUAAAGUUAUUUUAGCUUUUGGAAUCAUUAUUGUUGUAUUUCUAGAUAAUGAUAGUAUAUACUCUAACUCUGGAUUUUCUAGAAUCACAAAAGAAGGUAGAAAUUUAAGCGAAGCAAUUGUUCCUGAUGAAACUCCAAGUACUGGAUUUGUGGAAACUGGGGUAUCAGAAAAUGAUGAAAAUCAUGGUGAAAAAAACGAUAAUGAUUCAACACAUGCUACUAGCUUUGAAGAUUCUAACAAAUCAGAAAGUAGUCAUACAUAUUUAGAUACCACUAAAGAGAAAGAAAAUGAAGAAAAUAAUGACUCUAAGGGCAAUGUUGCUCAGAAUUUUCAAAAAAGUAACAUUUCUAGUAAUCAAGUUGAAUGCACUGAUGAUGUUAAACUUACUGAAACAGACAAUUAUGAUAAGGAAUAUGAACAAAAUGGUGAUGAGCAUUAUUAUGCUGAAAAAAAAUACAAGCAGGAAUCUUAUGAUCAAAAUAUUUUACAUAAUCCCGAUAUUCAGCAUGCAUUAAGCAUGAUCCCCUCUGAUUCUAUAAUAAAAUCAUUUUUGCAUACUUCUUUAACAAUAUCACCUGAAGAUGAUGAAAUAGAUAAUCCUUAUAGAGAGAAAACACAACAUGAUAUAGAUUCAAUGCAUUUUACCCAAUGGGUUGAUUAUAUGAAAUAUGCAGUUCAAGAAGUAGAUCAAGAUCAUGAACAAGGAACAUCUAAACAAUUGCCUGAUACUGAACCUUUAAAACCUGAACAAAAAUAUUAUAUUGAGCCUUCAAAACCUGAACAAGAAGAAAAUAUUGAGCCUUUAAAACCUGAACAAGAAGAAAAUGUUGAUCCUUUAAAACCUGAACAAGAAGAAAAUAUUAAGCCUUUAAAACCUGAACAAAAAGAAAAUAUUAAGCCUUUAAAACCUGAACAAGAAGAAAAUAUUAAGCCUUUAAAACCUGAACAAGAAGAAAAUGUUGAUCCUUUAAAACCUGAACAAGAAGAAAAUGUUGAUCCUUUAAAACCUGAACAAGAAGAAAAUAUUAAGCCUUUAAAACCUGAACAAAAAGAAAAUAUUAAGCCUUUAAAACCUGAACAAGAAGAAAAUAUUAAGCCUUUAAAACCUGAACAAGAAGAAAAUGUUGAUCCUUUAAAACCUGAACAAGAAGAAAAUGUUGAUCCUUUAAAACCUGAACAAGAAGAAAAUGUUGAUCCUUUAAAACCUGAACAAGAAGAAAAUGUUGAUCCUUUAAAACCUGAACAAGAAGAAAAUAUUAAGCCUUUAAAACCUGAACAAAAAGAAAAUAUUAAGCCUUUAAAACCUGAACAAGAAGAAAAUGUUGAUCCUUUAAAACCUGAACAAGAAGAAAAUGUUGAUCCUUUAAAACCUGAACAAGAAGAAAAUAUUAAGCCUUUAAAACCUGAACAAAAAGAAAAUAUUAAGCCUUUAAAACCUGAACAAGAAGAAAAUGUUGAUCCUUUAAAACCUGAACAAGACGAAAAUAUUAAGCCUUUAAAACCUGAACAAGAAGAAAAUAUUAAGCCUUUAAAACCUGAACAAGAAGAAAAUAUUAAGCCUUUAAAACCUGAACAAGAAGUUGAGUAUGCACCAUUAAAUAAUAAAUUUAUUAUGGAAUCUAAAAAUAAUCAAAAAAAACAAUUAGGACAUUUCGAUUCAAGUUAUGACUAUAAUCUAGAUAUAAUCGAUGAAACUGAAAUGAAUUUGUUGUUUGAAGAUUCCAAAUCAUAUAGUGAUAUCCAAAAAACAACUAAUAAUGGUUCACAUUAUAGCGAAAAAGAACCUCUAAGUAUGCGGGACGAGCCUAGUGGUUUAUAUAAAAAUAAAACAAGUGGUAAUUCAAAAGGUUCCAAUCCCAAUGUUCGUGGUAAUGAAGAAGUGAGUAUGGGAAUAUGGGAUGGUUUGAAACCUUCUUCAAUGAGCAGAAGUCAAGGAAUGACCAUAAAUCAAUAUCCAUCAACAAGUGGAACCCAAGGAAUAACCAUAAAUCAAUAUCCAUCAACAAGUGGAACCCAAGGAAUGACCAGAAAUCAAUAUCCAUCAACAAGUGGAACCCAAGGAAUGACCAGAAAUCAAUAUCCAUCAACAAGUGGAACCCAAGGAAUGACCAGAAAUCAAUAUCCAUCAACAAGUGGAACCCAAGGAAUGACCAGAAAUCAAUAUCCAUCAACAAGUGGAACCCAAGGAAUGACCAGAAAUCAAUAUCCAUCAACAAGUGGAACCCAAGGAAUGACCAGAAAUCAAUUAAUUGGAGAGAUGUAUAAUAUUGAUGAGCGUAAAAUAGAAGAACCAAUGUGGUUAGGUUUGAAAAGCUCAUAUAAACCUACUCCAAGAAAACCAUAUGCAUCAAACUUUUCUGAUAUGGAAACAUUCCCACGAGAAAAUUAUUCAAGAAAUAAACAUGAGGCAUUUGAUAGAUUCGAUUCACACAAUAUGCCAAGAGGUCAUAGUACUAAAUACCCUACACGCACAUCUUCAGAAUUUCAUAAUCCAAUGAAUAGAUAUAAUUCUAGGGGCACUUCAAACUCAGGAAGUAUAUUAAAUUCAAUGAAAAGUUUACGAGGAAAUGAUUCUCAUAGACUAGAUAAUGGACAAAAUUAUAUGAGUGAACCAAUAUCUACAACAUCCAUGGGAAACCAUAAAUUAUAUUUUGGAAGUAAAAAUACUCAAGAAACUAUAAGUACAUCAUUCAAAUCUAAAUCAAAUGAUUAUAAGGGUCUUGAUCAACAGAAUAAAGCUAGUAAUUAUAAUUCAGAUACAGAUGCAGUUAUAGAUAGUAAAGAAGUAAGUGAAACUAAUUUUAGUCCAAGAAAGUCACCAGAUGCUCAAAUCAAAGAAAUGAAUGAUCAUAUAAAUGAAAAAAUUGACAUGUUAGAUGAAAAUGCAACUCCAGAUGUAUUUCGUAAUAUUUGGACAAUUUUCAUUUCUGCUGAAACUAAAAAAUUGAUGAUGACUCAAGAAUAUGUAUUACAAUAUUCUAUAUAUCUACAAAAACGAAAUAAAUUAUAUCCAGAAAUGCGCACGGCGGCAUGGUGGAAAGUACAUUAUUCUAUGAUUAAUAAAUUUAUAAAGCGUGAAAAAGAAGAGGUUUCUGAAUUAAAAGAAUUAUUAAAAUCAUCUACUAAUACAUAUUCUAAUUUCGUCACGUUUAUUAGAAAUAAAAUGGAGUCUUGGAAAGAAUUCCAGAAAGAAAUUAAAGAUACAUGGUUGGCAACUUUAACAUACAAAAUUAAUAAAUACAGUUCUCAAGACAAUUAUUAA